AGUUAUUUGACGAGUGGAAGUAAUGGAAUUGUGUGGGUUGCUGAAUUAGGUGUUUAUCAUUGCCGUUUUGUGUCACUGACCAGUGCAAAUGUGAAAUACAAAUAUUCUGAACGCAUCAAGCUCAUUUUGCAAUUGUUUCCGUGCAAGUUAUCUGUCAGGAUAAGAGUGUCAGCUGCGUGUGUGAGCGAUGGCAGAUACGAAAGAUUAUCUGACUGUUUACAAGCGAUUUUUCGACAACUUUGCGAAAACUGUGGAUCCUGAUGACCAGCUUCCAGUUCGAGUCGCUGGAUAUCGGCUGUGGGAUAACGAAAUUGUUGGAGAAACUGUUGACUGGACCCUGCAAUACCUAAGUCAAAGCCAUAAAGUGUUGCUAGGUGUUGAACCUUGUGAUACUCCUGUUUCGUGCUCUAGUGUUUCGCCGGUUAUAUUACAUGAACCUUCUUCAGGGAAAUCGGGGCCGCCGUGUUUCGAAGUUGGUCUCCUCGCCACGCGCUUGCCGCUGCCGUGGAUAAAUGACUGUCGCAACCCGCUACCGAGAGCGGGCCUUAUCUCCCGGGCAUGGCGCCCGCAAACUUCGAGCAGAGUCGUUUGCGCUCGGAGUCGCCUCUUUCGGCUUGUUUCAACUUAUUCCCGCGAGCUGGCGCCGGAGGAUGGAAGGGUGCGCGUGCUGGUCCUCACAAUCACUGGGGCGGGAUUGCAUCAUUUGGCGGCGGUUUUCCGCGUGCUCCUUCCCGCAAUUUUUGUGCUACCUUUGUGGCGACGUGGGCGUGUGGUCAGCAGCUCGCCCGUGCGUCUGUCGCAGCGGCCGAAACAGGCCCUGGCUGUUGCCGUCGCGUCGCGUCGCGUCGCGUCGCCGGCGGCAGAGCGUCUCCGGCCCGAGCGGGGGGAGCGCUUUCAUCCCGUGAAUCACCGCCCUCCGUCAGCUGAUUCACGCUCUCCCCGCGUUUACGUCACCCCUCGCCGCGCCGCGCCGUGCCGCCCAGCCCAGCCCAGCCCAGUGUGCCCUGCCGAAGGCGGACCGCCUAAGGCGCGAACGUGCCAGUUUGAGGAUUCUUGUUCAUGUGGAAGUCUUCGGGAAGGACAAGGCCAUGUGUCAACUGGGAGCCAAACGCAACCGAUGGUCCACUGGGCGCGCGCUUGUCGGUGGCGCCAAUCGGAAGAGCGACUCAUCGACCGCGCGCCGCUGGGCCGGCGCCAGGACUUCGUGCUCGGGGCGUCCUCCUCUCCCGCGGGCAGCGGAGUGAGCAGAGGCCCAGCAACCCGGUUGCGUGGCGCGGCGCGGCGUGGCGUGGCGUGGCGGCGACUUGCGAGCCCCGUUGAGCCGUAUAAGGAGCACUCGUCGCCGGUGACAUGCCUGGGCAGCGCAGCGUGGCUCCCGCCGACGGGCCCCGUACGUUUCGCCGCCCCGCCCCGCCGCGCCGCGCCACUCCGCGUGACUGGUUGCGGCAUACGUAAUGAGCGGGCCGCGGGGCACGGGCGCCUCUGCCAGAUCCUCCCGCACGUGACCACUCGGCCGCUCAGCGCGCUGCUGCUGCUGCUGCUGCUCCCAUUUGAUAAUCUGCGUUACACAUUGCUUAUGUAUGAAGUUACCAUAUGA